GCGGGGGCCUUGCGGAGGUGGGUGGAGGUAGCGGGCGGAGGAGGUGGGAAGAGGCGGACAGGUGGUCAGCGGAGGCCGAGGGGAGGUUGGCGCGCACAGCGGGAUGUUGGGAGGAGGCGGACGCGAGGUGGGCGAAGGGCAAGGGGAGAUGGGAGAUCCCAAUGGCGGAAGGGAGGGUUGGCGCGCACAGCGGGAUGUGCAGCGGGAUGGCGGGAGGAGGCGAACGCGAGGUGGGGAGGUGGGCAGAGGCGGACAGGAGGUCAGUGGAGGUCGAGGGGAGGUUGGCGCGCACAGCGGGAUGUUGGGAGGAGGCGGACGCGAGGUGGGCGAAGGGCAAAGGGAGAUGGGAGAUCCCAAUAGCGGAAGGGAGGGUUGGCGCGCACAGCGGGAUGCGCAGCGGGAUGGCGGGAGGAGGCGGAUGCGAGGUGGGGGGAAGGCAAGGGGAGAUGAGAGAUCCCAAUGGUGGAAGGGAGGUGGGCGGAGGCUGACAGGCGGUCGUCAGAGGCAGUCAGGAGGUCGUCGGAGGCCAAGGGGAGGCAGAGGGAUGGCGGAUGUGUGGGCAGCGGAAAGAAAGCGGAGAGGAGAUGGCAGAUGUGUGGGCAGCGGAAAGAAAGCGGAGAGGAGAUGGCGGGAGGCGUACGAGAGGCGUACGGGAGGUGCCAGAGAUGGAGAGGAGAUGGCUGGAGGAGGCGGACGGGAAGUGGCGAAGGUGGAGAGGACAUGGCGGGAGGAGGCGGGCGGGAGGAGGCGGACGGGAGGUGGCAGAGGCGGAGAGGAGAUGGUGGAAAGAGAUAACCGGAGGAGGCGGACGGGAGGUCGCAACGACGGAGGAGAGGAGAUGGCGGGGGGAGGCCGACGGAGAUGUCCUCUGCCACAUCUCUAUCCCUCGUGUCCAAGUCCUACAUGUGGCCCAUGCGCGUCGCCGGCAAUAACGGAUCUAAUGGCAAGUGCACGAGGACGAUGGCAUGCUGUAGCUCGGUACAAGGAGAUAAGACAGCUGGUUGGCCACCAUGCUGUUCCCUUUGGCCGGCACCUUGGACUCGCAAACUUCUGGAGCAGCACCUCUGACAUGGACAUCAAGAUCAGUCUGCGACCUGCUAUCCGGAUUAGACCUCAUCAUCAGAUUGUUCGGCCCUGAGGCACAUUGCACUUCUGCCCUCGGGACUCAACUUGAGUCCGGUACUUGAGACCUGACUCAAGCUGAGUUCGAGCACUCAGUUUUUGGCCUCAGUGCUUGUGCUUCAGUGUGACUUGCUACGACAUUGUGUUCAGAAUCCAAGAUUGUGACUUUGCCACUUUGUGCCCAAGUCCGUCGAGUCGUGUCAAGUCUGCGUCGAGUUGAGUGAGUGUGUGUGUGCUCUCACUCUCCCUCUCUCUCCCAGCCUCGCUGCUCUGCCUCAGCCCCGUCACAGGGACCACCAUAACAUAGCCGGUUGCACGUGCGCUGCAUUAGGUCG